GUUUCAGUGCCUCAGUGUCCGACAUACACGCGCGGCGUCAUGAGGCUCCCGGUUUUAUUUUUGUUUACAAUCGUUCUCAUACAAUACGGUGAUUGCCAGAGCACGUGGUACUCAGACUUAGUCAGUAUAUUUAGCGAAAAAACUACACAGCUGAAGAAUUAUGUGCAGGACAAAGGACGCAGUUUCAAAAAUUACGUUGGUAGUGUGCAAAAUAAAGUGACUUCUUAUUUUAAACCUUCGGCUCACGGAAGAAGUUUGGACGUGACAACAGAAGAUCAGAUUAAGGACAGGUUUGAAGUUUACUUAAAUGAAGCUGAAAUGUAUGACUCUGAGUUGUUUGAAGUCAUUGCUCCAGCUGAUAUGAAAUAUAAAUGCACGACCGAUGAUCCAGCGAUUCAUAUGACGACGCCCCAAUUAAUAGCCCUUCAUGGAUACCCCGCCGAGUCCCAUGUGGUCAUUACUGACGACGGAUACAUCCUCACGCUGCACAGAAUUCCUUAUGCCAAAGUGGGUAAUGGGAGCAAAGGUAUUGAAAGUCCUCGAAAGGCUGUUCUUUUGCAUCACGGUUUACUCGGCAGCUCUGCAGACUGGGUAAUGGCGGGCCCAGAAAAAGGUCUGGCAUAUGUUUUGUCUAACGCCGGAUAUGAUGUUUGGCUGGCGAAUGUCAGAGGGAACACUUAUUCGAGAUCUCAUAUAUCUUUAAAUUCUGACUGCCGGGCUUUUUGGAACUUCACAUUCCACGAGAUCAGUCAGCACGACUUGCCAGCUAUGAUCGAUUACAUAAUGGUGACCAAAGGAUGGGACGCCAAGCUCAAUUAUAUUGGACAUUCAAUGGGCACGUCAGUGCUAUUCGCUUUGCUGUCAACUAAAACCCAUUACAAUAAAGUUUUAAGAGCAGGCUAUGCACUCGCGCCUGUGGCUUACAUGACGGAGAUUAAAAGUCCGAUAAGACUGCUGGCCAGAUUCGCCGAUGACAUUGAAUAUUUGCUAAAUCUUCUUGGCCAGAAUGAGUUUCUGCCGCAGAACGCUGUCUUGCGAUGGCUGUCGAAGCACGCUUGCGAAAUAAAUCAUAUCGAAGAAGCUUUUUGUGAAAAUUCCUUGUUUAUGCUUUGCGGGUUCGAUGAGAAGCAAUUCAACAGGACACUAUUACCCCUCAUUUUGAGCCACGUCCCAGCUGGCGCUUCAACGAAAACUCUUGUUCACUACGCCCAAGAGAUUCACAAUAAAGGCCAAUUCCAAAUGUUUGACUAUGGCAAGGAAGGAAAUAAGAGACAGUACGGGACACCAACGCCUCCUCAGUAUCCUCUUGAGAAGAUCACCCUGCCAAUCGCCCUGUUAGGUGCGCAGAACGAUUGGCUAGCCAGCACCGCUGAUGUCGCAAAACUAUAUCAGCAACUACCUAACCCCAUUGAGAACUAUGUAGUACCUUUGGAAGAGUUUAAUCAUAUCGAUUUUUUGUGGGCAAUUGAUGCGCCGAAGCUAGUGUACAACAAGUUAAUAGACCUCUUAGAAAAAGGAGGUAGUAAAUAUGCAGAAGUAGACGUAGAAAUCAUAACUAAUGAAAUUAAUGAACUUGAUUAGUUUAUUAUUUAGGUCAGCGCAUUUGUAGAUGUAUUUUAAAUAAGAGUAGAUAAAACUUGCGUUAGUGAAGGGAAGUGAGAUAA